AUGGCAGUUAAGUAUGAUCCGAACACUUUAUGGGUGGCUCUUAAUGAGGUCGGUGAUGGAAACAUAUUUCAAGUGUACCCGAAGAUGCUGGCCGAGUUAUUUCUACAGGAAGAGGCUGCAAGGCAGGAAGGCGACUUCAGCGAGGCGGAAAAACUGGUUUUGCCCAGCGAUAAGGAGUACAGAUUGACACAGUACUUUGCCCUUGUCGCUCUACAGAAGAACUUAGACAAGCCGGAGACAAUGAUAGAAAACGACAACUUAGAAGAAAUAAAGGAGGAUGAAAAUGAAAAACCGCAAGACCCGGCCGAGGAACCGCCCGAAGAAUGGGCACCUUGGACCCUGGUCCUGCCACUCAAGAACCCUCAUGCACCGCCACCUGUCGCCGUGAAGACAACUCCUGGGCCUGCUUGGGAUAUUGAACAGGUAUUAAAAGCCGCUCGCUUACUGUACAAGCCACCGAUAGCUGUAAACUUCACCGAUGAGCAAGAUAUGCGUUGUGUGUAUUCACUCAUAUACGACGUGUUUCGAUAUAAAAUCGUGUUGGAUCAGACACUUCAAGAUACUGAAUUCUUUUCGUUUCACCCAGAGUUUGCGGUUCACCGACACCUACUAUGGCUGUUUUUAAUGGAGUUAGCUAGGCGGCGAUGGGGAGCAAGACCCAGAAACGAGAUGGACCGAGCAGCACAGCUCCUGGAUGAAAUCGGGUCACCGUUUAAAGAAAUUGAGAAUAUUGUCUGGGAGGAGAGAGUACACUUUGCCGCAGCUAUUGCCCGGAUACGUAUCAAGAAUAAGGCUUUCACGUUAUCGGAACUGUUGCCAGCACAUCUGCGUGAGGAACGAUCUGCGUGCGCCAAUAGAGAUUCAGUGACGGGAUGGGUCAAUAUUUUUAAAGCUAAAAAAGUGGCGUUACUCGUAAAACGGCUGCACGAACUUGGAUUUUCUUACAGCAAUUCGCGUCAACUUUGCGCAGGAGAAUACAGAUUCGAUCGAGUAUGUCCGAGAUUCAUAACACUGCGACCACCUUUAAAUAUGAGCAUUGGACAAUUGGACCUGGUGAAACAAGGAACCAUUGUGCUCCAGGAGCGUGAAUUCUGCGAAGGUGCCUCAACUUUGUGUAGAGCUCUUCGAGCAAACUGUCUCCAAGGCGUAGUUGCGCAAACACACGCAUCAUCGCCUCGUUGUUCAGCGUACCUAGCCGCCCAACUCCGAGAUUUGGCUGCAGUUUUGAAAGCGAAGACACCAGCAGCACCAGCCACACCAACUCUUGGAAAACUCGUUGUGUUUGGUGCUGGAGACAAAGUUGAAAGUUACAUUGGUGCACUACGGGAGCUGGGUAUCGAGGCAUCCGAAGCUCCUCAGUCAGGUGCCUCAGUACUAAUACUCAGCGAUCCAGUAUACUGUGAUACGCCCACUGUUAUCAGCGCACUGGAUGGCGUAGUGGCGGCUCUGGCCACACCACCCAACUCAUAUUCUGCUGUUACGGACCCCAUUGAUCUGGUUUGCGGAAGAGGGGGAGAUCUUGCAAUGUUAGAGAUCCUGACUGAAUCGGAAAUAGAUAUGAAUGGCAAGACUCGAGUUCAGAUGAUAUUAGAAGAACAAAAGAAAACCCUGAAAACGUUACUGUCUAAGCCUCAGAUACAACUUAUUUUAUAUGAAACUCACUCAGCUUUGGAGGCGGAGAAUCAGGCUCAAGUGACGCGAGCGGUGGCUGAAGCAAACAGAUUGGCGCGCGAACGACACAUGUGGCUAAAGAAAAAACAUCGAGUAUCGAGUCCGAAAAAACAUGCAGCUAUAGCUGAAAAUGAGACAGUCACUACUAACUCUACAACAUCUUUUGAUACAUCUCGAUCAGAUGAUGAAAAAGAAGAUCAGUCACAAGAUAUUCCGUUCAGCGAAUCCCAAACGACUAUGCAAACUGUGUCGACUUCUCGGCCGACUUCAGCUUCCAAGCAUCGAAGCUCAAGACCUAGUUCGAGAACAAGUACAGCAAGAACUAAAUUUUCCACUCCAGAUAGAUUGAGGAAACGACAUGACAGUUUAGAGAGAUAUUCUCGACCGGGAACUACAAAAGCUAGACCAAUACCUGAUCUGCCUACUAGAGAAAUGCCACAUGACCCUGAUAAAGAUAAUCCUAAUAUUUUUGUACCAAAUAGUGACCUGUUUGAAGUUACAACGUUGCCUAAUUUAGGUAAUGGAUUAGACAUCAAUUACAUCCUUGAUAGGGACGGAUGCUAUCUGGGUCUUAUUCAAAGGAAGGAGAUCACCCGACUGGAUGCUAAGUACAUGAUCCGAGUCGCGGAGGAUCGCGGGUUGUUUGGACCAGCCUCAUCCGCGCCGCCACCGAACAGACGCAAGAAGGAGCCCGCCACUUUAUCACCCAGACGACGCAGAAGAAAGCAACCAACUUUUGAGGUGGAGCGAGUGGCGGCCCCGACAUACGCAUCGCUGUCGCGCUCGACACGGCGCGGCAGCGCACCGGCGUGGCUGGAGCCGACUCGCGAGCCCACGCGGCGCGAGUCCUUCGACCAGCGCUUGGUGUGUGAGCGCCACGCACGCAGGCACGCUGCUGCCGCGGCCAUCUCUGCCGCCGCCUGCACAUGUGAUGCGAGGCACAAAAAUCGACGCAAAUCCGUGAAUAUUCCAUCGCCACGGCUCUCUCAACCGGCAUGUCGUCGUCCUUUUCCACUCGUUGUGCAAGAUUUACGUCUCAGUAAAUCAAUUAAUAACCACCACAAAGUAAGCGCUUCAUAG